UUUCUACUUCAGUCAAACCAACAUCAUGGCGUCGGGCGGACAACUGAUCGUUGCUGCUGCGGUUUUUGUUGCUUCCCUCAUUUCACACAGCGAGGGGAUCAUUGGGGGCAGAGAGGCAUUGCCACACUCUCGGCCUUACAUGGCCUCCAUCCAGGUGCCAGAGGGGGGGAACUUCACACAUGAGUGUGGGGGGUUUGUGGUGGCAGAUCAGUGGGUGAUGACGGCAGCUCACUGUCUCUCCACCGGUGCUAACGGGAGGAAGGUCGUGCUGGGUGUCCAUUCUCUGAGUGAACCUGAGGAAACAAAGCAAACCUUUGACAUUUUGGAGCUUUACAGCCACCCAGACUACAGCCAGUCCAAUUACGAUAACGACAUCGCUCUAAUUAAGCUGGAUCGUCCGGUCAGCGUGUCCGAGGCUGUCAAACCGGUGGAAUUCCUGCGAGUGGGAGGAACAAACCCCGGCACCGGUGCGGAGGUGGACUCGGCCGGCUGGGGUUCCCUGGACGACCUGGGCUCCAGACCCGACAAGCUGAAAGAGGUGGCGGUGGACAUGUUCAGCUCGACUCGCUGCAAACGCAGUGACUACUACGGCAGGAAGUUCACCAGCAACAUGAUGUGUGCGCACAGGGUUUGUGCAGAUCCCUGUGAUCAGCCGUUCAGGAAAGAAGACACUUGUGAUGGGGACUCGGGGGGUCCUCUGCUCUACAAUGGAGUUGUGGUCGGCAUCACUUCCAACGGGGGAAAGAAGUGUGGCCAAAUUAGAAAGCCUGGAAUUUACACCAUCGUCUCCCACUACACUGCAUGGAUCGACACCACCAUGUCCCUGCAGCCGAGUGCAGCAACGGACCAGAGCAGCUAGACAGAGCUCAGCCGAGACCUCAUGGUUUAUAUUGUUUAGCAGGUUUUAUACAGGCUCAAGGAUUCAAAGUGUUUUACUAUAUGAAGCUGAGGUGUGCUUAUGUCGUUUGAAAGUAGAAUGCCUGACUCUAGAGAUAUCAUUUCCAGUACUGCAAACAUUCAACAACCACCUAAACAAACAUAUUCACCUGAAUAAUAUCUUGCUUACUAUAUUUCUCAUUAGUACAUUUUUUAAAACAAAUUUGUGUACGAAGGAAUCAAUAAAAUACAUACAAGAAAAUAAAUAUCCCAUAUUUCAUA